AUGCGGAGCUUACUUCUGCUCGCGGCCGUCGGCCUGGCCGCCGCUGAGGACGGCCUCAAUGCCUGGUUGCGGUACGCCCGGAUCGACAGGGCGGGACAUUGCCAGGGCAAGCUUCCCUCGACCAUUGUCACCUUGAACGCCACGGAGGGCUCCCCAGUUUACACGGCCGGCCAGGAGCUCUCCAAGGGCUUCAACGGCAUCGUCGGCAAGAAAGUCGACGUCGACAGCAUCACCACGAGCAGCCGCGGGCACCACUCGCGGGACACCAAUGCCACAGUUGGCACCAUCGCGGCCUACGUCGACAGCAACCCCGGCGCUGCAGCCCGCCUCCCGGAGCUGAUCGACGAUGGCUUCUACCUCAGCGUCUCUCACGGAAGCAUCCUAAUUCUCGGCCAGAACGAGCGUGGCGCUCUGUACGGCGCCUUCCACUACCUCUCCCGGCUCGCCCAGGGCGACUGCUCCGACUUCACCCUGACCUCGAACCCCGGCGCGCCGAUCCGCUGGGUGAACCAGUGGGACAACAUGCAGGAUGGCGGCACCCACGGCAGCGUCGAGAGAGGCUAUGGCGGCAAGUCCAUCUUCUUCUGGGACGGCAAGGUUCGCGACGACCUGACCCGCGCGGGCCAGUAUGCUCGCCUGCUGGCCUCGAUCGGCAUCAACGCCGUGGUCGUCAACAAUGUGAACGCCGACCCCAAGACUUUGACCCCGGCCAACAUGGACGGCCUGGCGAGAAUUGCCAACGCCUUCCGCCCGUACGGUGUGCAGCUCGGCUUGUCGCUCAACUUUGCUUCUCCUCAAACCCUCGGCGGACUCUCGACCUUUGACCCCCUGGAUCAGAGCGUCAUCACUUGGUGGCAGGGCAUCACCGACGCUCUCUACCAGAGGAUUCCCGACAUGGUAGGCUACCUGGUCAAGGCCAACUCGGAAGGUCAGCCGGGUCCCAUGACUUACAACAGGACGCUGGCCGACGGCGCCAACAUGUUUGCCCGCACUCUGAAGCCCCACGGCGGCAUCAUCCUGUUCCGCGCGUUCGUCUACGACCACCGCACGCUCAACCAGACGCUCGACUGGAAGGCCGACCGUGCCAACGCUGCCGUCCACUACUUUGACGGUCUCGACGACAAGUUCGACGACAACGUUGCCAUCCAGGUCAAGUACGGCCCCAUCGACUUCCAGGUCCGCGAACCCGUCUCCCCACUCUUCUCGCACCUGCGCAAGACGGGAUCUGCCAUCGAGCUGCAGAUCAGCCAGGAGUACCUCGGCCAGCAGGCGCACCUGGUGUACCUGGCGCCCAUGUGGAAGGAGAUUCUCGAUUUUGAUUUCCGCGUCGACGGCAAGCCGUCUACGACGGCCGACAUUAUCAGCGGCCGGCGCUUCCCGCGAAAGCUGGGCGGCUUUGCGGGCGUCGUCAACGUCGGCACCAACACGACCUGGCUCGGCAGCCACCUGGCCAUGUCCAACCUGUACGCCUACGGCAAGCUCGCCUGGGACGCGAAGGCCUCGCCCGAGGGCGUGCUCAAGGAGUGGAUCAGGCUGACCUUCAGCGACGACCACAAGGUCAUCGACGUCAUUACCAAGAUGUCGAUGGCCUCGUGGCCCGCCUACGAGAACUACAGCGGCAACCUGGGCAUCCAGACGCUGACCGACAUCCUCCUCGGCCACUACGGCCCCAACCCGGCCUCGCAGGACGGCAACCCUUGGGGCCAGUGGACGCGCGCCGAUGCCGACUCGAUCGGCAUGGACCGCACCGUCUGGAACGGCACUGGCUUCGCGGGGCAGUACCCGCCCGAGAUCGCGGCCAAGUACGAGAAGCCCGAGACGACGCCGGACAACCUUCUGCUGUGGUUCCACCACGUGCCCUACACGCAUAAGCUCAAGUCUGGCAAGACGGUCAUCCAGCACUUCUACGACGCGCACUACGAGGGCAGCGCCACGGCGCAGACCUUCCCGCAGCUGUGGCGCAAGCUCGAGGGCCGCCCCGGCAUCGACAAGGAGCGGUUCGAGCACGUGCUGUACCGGCUGGUCUACCAGGCGGGCCAUUCGCUGGUCUGGCGCGAUAGCAUCAACAUGUUCUACUUCAACAAGUCCUCCAUCGCCGACGUCCACGGCCGCGUGGGGAACCACCCAUACCGGAUCGAGGCCGAGGCCAUGACGCUGCAGGGGUACAAGCCCUACCAGGUCUCCCCUUUCGAGGCGGCCAGCGGGUUCCGGUGCAUCGUGACCGAGACCAACUCGACGCAGGGCACGGCCAGCACGGUGCUGGACAAGGUCAAGACGGGCAAGUACGACGUGGCGGUCAACUACUACGACAUGGCGCUGGGCAAUGCCACGUGGGAGCUGUACAUUGGCAACGACCGCGUCGGCAAGUGGAAGGGCGACCUCGAGUAUAACUUAGGACGGGCUCCCUCGCCGUACAUUGACGGCCAGACGGCGACGCGGAUCACGUUCCCUGGCGUCAAGAUCAAGAAGGGGAGCACCCUCAAGAUUGUGGGCACGCCGGAUGGGCUGGAGCCGGCGCCGGUGGAUUACAUCUCGAUUUUGCCAGAAGGAAUUGUUGACUAG